GGUAAUGGACGAUUCCAUUUGGAGAAAGAAUGUAUAGUUAUUGCGCAAAUGUAGUGUGGUUAUCUCUUUGUGACUGUUCCUCAUCUUUAUAAAGAACAUUGUGAUAUAUGGUUUGUGGUACUACGUGACGUUUAUUUCGUGCGACCAUAAGUGCGACAUCUGACUUACAAAAGCUGGCAACAGGAAUGUGAAGACAGUUUGUGUGGCAGAAAUCGUAAAUCUCACUGUGUGAUAAUGUGUUCGCAAUUAGUAUAUGUGACAUUAAUGUCUGAUCUGAGGAGAAAGAGAAACUAUGUACCAGAGACUGGAACUUCGGCAGAUAAAUCCUGUGAUUUGAAGUUCUUGAGUGAACUUUGUUUCGAGACCGGUAAAGAUGAUAUAAAAAAAAGAAUAUGAAGGUUUUCCUAUCUGCUGCAAACCCUGCCGCAGCCGUAUGAAGACAGUUUUGAAGAUGUAGUUCAACAAACGAGGAAAUUACCUUGGUUUUCACUUGUGCAAAGCCGGACAUAAAAAUAUGGCAUUAUUCUGUCUUGCGCUGUUAUACCUGUCAGCUUUUGCAAGUGGAACUGAUAUUUUUAAUUAUGAAAGCACAUUAACAUUGGCUGAGCAGAAAAUUUCUGAUGUUUCAAACAAGGACGGCUCAGGAAGAGCUGUCAAAUCAAGAAGAAGUGCAUCUUCCAAAUAUUAUGUCAUACCUGACGCAACAACUGCCUCUUCCCAACCAUUAACUAGCAUUUUUACUCCUGAUUUGUCAUUAAAAACAAGCACACCACAUACAUCACGUUUUUUCCAUUCUAUUAACAGGAGUCACUCAGGAAUACUGGUGAGGUCUGUUAGUAGGUACAACAGUGGUGUUCAAUCUACUCCUUCACCAUACACUACUCCAAACACACAUGAAGUACCUUCACUCUUGCCUCAUAUGAGAAAAUUCUUUACACCUCCACUUCCUCCAGAAUAUUCAAAUCCAUUUGCUGACAAACCAACUUUACGAGGCAGUUAUUCUGAUUCAGGUUCAUCAAACAGACGUCCAAUUCCGCCACCUCCGCGACCCCCUUCAAACAGAGAACGAAUUCCAGAUAGACCUCCAGACCUUGUUCCAUUGGAGAAGGAGAGGUCAUCUCCCCGAGACAAAAAGAAGCCUCUGAAUACACCAAGUUUCAACCGACCCCCAGAAACCCCUUUUUCUGAAGUAAGCAACAGCAAUUUCAAUGUACGGCACAAUAAUGAAUCGGAAUAUGAAACUGUUCCCAGUUUACAUUCUCCAAGUGUUUCACGUAUAUUGUCUGGAAGCAGUGGCCGAAAACCAAGUAACCCAGGAAUUAUUAUAAAGCCAAAUACAGAAUCCAAAGCCCCUCAGUUACCAGAUUCCACAGAUACUAAAGAGAAACAGACAGGAAUUUCUGGAGUACAGGAUACUGUACCAGCAGAUGCUGACUUAGCUGUGGAUGAGCGUAGUACAAGACGUGAUGAAGAGUUACCAGAUGAUCAACAGCAGCCUCCUAAAUCUGAUGAUCGUGGGAUUCAUGUGGCUAUUUCUCCAAGUACACCAGCCCACAAAGAUCUUCGUGGCAAAUGGGGUGUUGCAUGGGAUGUUCAUGUGUAUCUUACUGGAAGCCUCUUUACAGUGCUUAGUAUUUGCUCAUUCAUCAACAUUGCACGUGCAAAUUCGUGUAGACGACUGCUUUCAUAUGGCUAUUUUGUGUCAUUGCAUGCAUUACUGUUUGUAGUUGGUAUAUUGCGUAGUGUAUAUCUGUUUUAUGAUGGGUACAAUGUGAAUAAGUCUUUUCCAGAACCAGUUUCACUUUUGAUGUUUCACAUUGUUUCACCUUGCAUCACAUCUGCAUUUUUAGUACUUUUUCUCUUCCUCCUCUUAACUACAAAGGUCUAUGUAUUUGGUGUUUAUUUGCAGAAACCUACAGUUAUUGCAAUUUUUAUAAUUGUACAUAUUGUUUUGUGUGUUAGUUUGGACCUUGCAUCUGGCUUUUCUCCAGAAUCUUUUCUAUCUCUGAUUUGUCAGUGUUUGUUUGUCCUUAUAUGUGUGUGUGUUGGCCUGGCAUAUUUGUACUCAUACAGGAUGUUAGUCAGGUCUGCAACUCGUAAAAUGGAUAGCUCAUUUGGAAACAAUUUCACAAAUAUUCAUCACCCAACGCUAUCUAUAGCAAUACGUUUGACAUUAGCUGCAGCACUAUUAAGUUUGCUGCUGUCAGCUGCCCAUUUGUAUGGGAUAUUUGGUGUUGAUGACAAUUUAGAGUGGGAGGGUAAGUCUCUUCCUUGGCUGCGAUGGGGUCAUCAGUUUUCAGUUCGGGUAAUAGAGAUUGCGAUUUGCUUCUUACUGCUGAGUGCUGGUGUUCAGCCUAUGCGCCAGGAUCGUGCUGAAGCUGCAAAAGGGCAGCAAAAUUCAGGCCUUGCACUAUUUCGUUGUCGUCAGUGCACUAAUACGACCCAGAGUAAUGAAACAGCUGAUGACAUUUAUCCGGCUGUAUGUGUAACAAAUCAAGCUAUUCAUGACUAUACUGUUCGUACAGGGAAGAAAGUUUAUGAUGAUUCAUUCCCAUUAAACAAUCUUCACACCAGUUUCUCUGCUUCAGAAUCUGGUUUUUCUGUCUCUACCUCAGAACGUAGGCUUUUGAGAAAGUCAGGCUAUGUUCCACAUGAGGCUCCAUUUCCAGUUACAGAAGUGGGAUCUACUGAGAGGAGAUCUGUCAAGAAAGGUCCAGUAUUUACAGGAGAAAGAGCGGAGUUUGAUAUUCCUUUCUCAACUGUUGAAGUUAGGCGAUCAUUGAAGGGUAGUGGGACUCUUGCGAGACAUAAUGUGAGACGACCAGAACCAUCAUUUAAAUGUAGCUCGUCAAAUGAUGGACAGGCGCACAAAACUUCAGGGAUUAUUGAGUCACAAUAUUGUGGUGCGCCAGUGAGUUCUGAUGUCCGUCGUUCAGUGAAAAAAUCGGGUACACUUGUGUCUCUAAACUCUGAAAGGCGAACUCCUGUACAUCAGCAUAGGAAUGUGUCACAAACAUUGUCAUCAGCAAGAGAGAGAAUAUCCCCUUCAAUGUUAGUGGCAGAGAAUGGGUUUGUUAGGUUCCGCACUUUAGCAGACACAGAAUUGGAUCCAAGUGAAAUGGUACGUAGAUAAAAUGUUGGAGUGUGGAAAAAGAGAUUGUUUUAGAUUGUAUGUUAAAUGUCUAUUUGAUGUUGUUUAAAAGAGUGCUGCUGAGCACAUAACUGCAGUCUGUCGUGUCUAUAAGAAUAAUCAGAUCUGUACUACUCAAACUUAUUGCUUGUGGCUACUGCCACUUCACUUGGUUUCUUGUAUGAAACUGUGUGUUGGAGCAGUAAUGAAACUGUUAUGCCACACAUGGUUUUCUGUAGAAAACGUGUUUUCUUGCUCUGUA